UUAGUAGUCGGAAGCGCACCAGCAGCUAAACUAGCAGAGAAGCUAAUAGGUCCUCAGAAGUGAGAAUAUCCUCAGAUCAAACCAAACGCCUCGACCGCCUCCCUGACACUCUCGGAUAACUAUGGGAAAAGGUGGAGGUACAUUUGAGAGGCUUCUCGACAAAGCCACCAGUCAGCUGCUCCUGGAGACGGACUGGGAGUCCAUUCUUCAGAUCUGUGAUCUCAUCAGACAAGGAGACACACAAGCUAAACAUGCCAUUGGAGCCAUAAAAAAGAAGCUGAAUGACAAAAAUCCUCAUGUGGCACUUUAUGCAUUAGAGGUCCUGGAGUCGGUGGUGAAGAACUGCGGGCAGACGGUGCACGAUGAGGUUGCAAGUAAACAAACGAUGGAGGAACUGAAGGAACUCCUUAAGAAGCUGACAGAACCAAAUGUCAAAAACAAGAUCCUGUACCUGAUCCAGGCCUGGGCUCACGCCUUCCGCAAUGAGCCCAAAUACAAGGUGGUUCAGGACACCUACCAGAUCAUGAAAGUGGAAGGUCACGUUUUCCCUGAGUUUAAGGAGAGUGACGCCAUGUUUGCUGCAGAGAGGGCCCCAGACUGGGUUGAUGCUGAGGAAUGCCACAGAUGCAGAGUUCAGUUUGGAGUCAUGACAAGAAAGCACCACUGUCGAUGCUGUGGCCAGAUCUUCUGUGGGAAGUGUUCGUCCAAGUACUCCACCAUUCCAAAGUUUGGCAUUGAGAAGGAAGUGCGUGUUUGUGAGCCCUGCUUUGAGCAGUUAAACAACCACCCCUCCCUCUCUCCUCCUCUUAGAAAGGCCGAUGGAAAAGCUCCUUCUACGGGCUCCUCUGAGCUGCCACCCGAGUACCUGACCAGCCCACUGUCCCAGCAGUCGCAACAGAUGCCUCCAAAGAGAGAUGAGGCAGCUUUGCAGGAGGAGGAGGAGCUCCAGCUGGCUAUUGCACUUUCCCAAAGUGAGGCAGAGGAGAAGGAGCGUAUGAGGCAGAAGAACUCGUACUCCAUCUACCCCAAAGCUGAUCCCACCCCGGUGACGUCUUCUGCACCUCCAGUCAGCACCCUUUACACUUCCCCGGUGAACUCCUCUGCUCCAUCAGCUGAAGACGUGGACCCUGAGCUGGCCCGCUACCUGAACAGAACUUAUUGGGAGAAAAAGCAAGAGGAAGCUCGAAAGAGUCCCACCCCCUCUGCCCCUGCCCCCGUGCCCUUGGCUGAACCCCCUCAGUCGGUCAGCCAGCCUGUUGAAAGCCACGUCCCAGUCCAGCCCGUCAGCAUAGUGGAGCAGCAGUACCAGAACGGUGAGUCCGAGGAGAACCACGAGCAGUUUCUGAAGGCUCUGCAGAACGCCGUCACCACCUUCCUUAACCGCAUGAAGAGCAACCACAUGCGUGGGCGCAGCAUCACGAACGACAGCGCCGUGCUCUCGCUCUUCCAGUCCAUCAACAACAUGCACCCACAGCUGCUGGACAUCCUCAACCAGCUGGAUGAAAAAAGAUUGUACUACGAAGGACUCCAGGAUAAGUUGGCCCAGGUGCGCGACGCUCGAGCCGCCCUGAACGCACUCCGAGACGAGCACCGAGAGAAGCUGCGCAGAGCUGCAGAGGAGGCAGAGAGGCAAAGGCAGAUCCAGCUGGCACAGAAACUGGAGAUCAUGAGGCAGAAGAAGCAGGAGUAUUUGGAGAUGCAAAGACAGCUUGCUAUUCAGCGCCUCCAGGAGCAGGAGAAGGAGAGGCAGAUGCGUCUGGAGCAGCAGAAGCACACAGUCCAGAUGAGAGCUCAGAUGCCUGCUUUCUCUCUGCCCUAUGCUCAGAUGCAGUCUUUGCCUCCUAAUGUUGCUGGAGGAGUGGUGUACCAGCCUGGUGCUCCACCCAGCUACCCAGGAACCUUCAGUCCUGCUGGGUCUGUGGAGGGGUCACCUAUGCACAACAUGUACAUGAAUCAGCCCGGGCAGACUGGGCCAGGACAGUACCAGGUCAUGCCCGGUGCUGCCACAGAUCCCAACAUGGUUAAUGCAUACAUGUACCAGGCUGCAGGUGCCAAUGGGCAACCUCCUCCAGGGCAAGCCCCGCCCACCACUAGUCCACCUUACUCCAACUAUCAACCCACACCCACACAGGCCUACCAGAAUGUGGUCUCGCAGGCACAAAGUUUGCCUCCCAUGUCGCAGCCUGCCCCCGCCAACGGGAUGCCUUACAUGAGUUACCAGCCGUACAACAUGCAGAACAUGAUUUCAGCGCUGCCAGGACAGGAUCCCAACAUGCCCCCCCAACCGCCCUACAUGCCCGGCCAGCAGCCCAUGUACCAGCAGGUUGCUCCCCCUGGUGGCCCUCAGCAGCAACAACAGCAGCAGCCUCAGCAGCAGGUACAACAGCAGGCGCCUCAGGCUGUCCCUGGCAAUGCCGAGGCUCAACUCAUCUCCUUUGACUGAAAGCCUUCUAUGCUGCAGUUUCACACACACACACACACACACUACACCAUCCCUCUUCUUUCAUCCUCCCCUUCUUCUGGAAUCUAAUGAUGCCCUUUGGGAAAAGUACACAGAUUACCCACGUUCCACGUUGCUGUGAUGUUGUGGCAAAGUGAAAUAUUGUGAUGAUGUUGCAGAACUGUAGCUCUUCUCGUCUCUCCCCUCUGGAAAAUGGGAACUGGGAGAUGAAGCUGCUAUGGAGAGCAUCAAAGUCCAAAUCCUUUUUCCUCUCUUCCAUCCAUCAGCUGAUAUAUAUGUAGUAUUUCUUUAUUAAAUGAAUAAUAAGCGCAAGAAAACAUGAACAAGAAAAUAUGAUGCUAUGAUUUAAAUGAUAAAAAGAGGAAAUGCAACCAGUCUGUUUCAUAUUUUUAUAAAAGGCUAAAUCAGCAUGUUGAAUUGAAGGGAUUUUCCAGAAUGAAACGUAGUGACUCGUUCUGACCGGGGCAGCGAUUGGAGGUUGUGGGUUUCUUCUAAACUAGUGCAAACUCUGUUCUGGGAGUUCUUAAAGUGCUCUAACUCAGACAUCCAUCAGCCUCACAGAUGAACAUUCCAGUUCAGUCAUCCCUCUCAUGGACUUUGGGCUCCUUUUUUUUUUUUUUUUGGCCUUUUUGUCGUGUGCUGCUCGGACUGUUGAGCUCGACGUAGUUUUGAGAUGAAAGAGUGCUGGAGGGGUGGUACGUGUUACGAGCGUUUGGACAGUUGUGAGAUCACUUUCUAAUCUUAACUUCAUUUUAUACAGAAAAAAAAUUCAUAUUCACGCCUAGUUGCCAUAAAAUAUAAAUACUACAAUUGGUCUGGAAAUCCUAACAGCAACACAUGCUCCUCACUAAAGUGUACUGUGUUGCCAAACAAAAAGACUCACUACAGAAGUAAAACUAGCUUAGUUUUCUUAAGCCUGUCACCAACUUUAAGUUGCCUUCAGGGGCCAAAAUGUACAUCUGUUUGGAUUUAAUUGUCAUGGGAAGAGAGCGCCGUAGAAAGCACUCGUUCUCAAGUGUACUUGACUAUUUAGAGAAGUGGAAAUGCUUUUAGCGUGAAUUCGAUGUUCUGCAUGUAUGUAUCACACUUCUGGUGAUUCUGUAACUCUUCAGUUUCCAUCUGUGGACUUCUUUACUCCAUCUGACUAAUCUGUCCAACUUUAAAGUACUUUUAAAAUUAUAUUUAAUAAAUAUCAGGUUCUUAUUGUC